UCAAAGCUGGUCUGCAUGCUCCUCAGUGUGUGAGAGACUAAGGACGUGAGAGCAGGCAAGAUGGAGUGCUGGCACAGAUGAAGACUGUCCCUGGUCCUAUUCGACAGUCCACAUGAGCGUCUCCAAACCUCCGCCGCCCCCCUCCACCUCCCACCUGGCCAUCCCCCCUUCCUCCACCUCCACACCCUCCUCAUCCGCCACCUCCCCCUCGGCGAUGCCCCACUCCUCCGCCCUGCCCCCUCCCUCGCCGGUCAAGAUCUCUAUGCAGGAGCACUUUGCCAUAAAUGUGUGCCCAGGCCCCAUCCUCCCCAUCCCUCAGAUCUCGGACUUCUUCCCACGUUUCCACGACUACCCCUGCACGCCACCGCCCCCGAGGGAGAAGAAGAUCCUGAAGGAGGAGACUUUCAACGGGGAGACGGGUGGAGGAUACAGAGAUGGGGAGAGGAGGGGGGACAACGAUGGAGACAGGGAGGAAGUGCUCGACUCUGAUGAUGAUGACACCUACCUGGGAACGUUGGAGUUCAGCCUGCUCUUUGAUCAGGAAAACAACUGUCUUCAUUGUACAAUUCACAAGGCGAAGGGACUGAAAGCCAUGGACUCCAAUGGGCUGGCUGAUCCAUACGUCAAGCUUCAUCUUCUCCCAGGGGCUAGCAAGGCAAACAAGCUACGCACAAAAACCCUGAAGAAUACACUGAACCCAGUGUGGAAUGAAACACUGGUGUAUCACGGCAUCACAGCGGCUGACAUGACCACCAAAACGCUCAGGCUGUGUGUAUGUGACAUGGACAGACUCGGACGAAAUGAAUUCAUUGGAGAGGUGAGAGUGGCACUGAAGAAACUGAAAGAGGGCGAGAACAAACGUUACAAUAUGGGCCUGGAGAGAAUUGCACAGAAUAAAGAAACUAACAAUCAAACGGUGGAGCAGGGAGCGCUGGUAGCAGAGGAGGAGCGUGGCCGCAUCCUGGUGUCACUGUGCUAUAACACAGAGAAGGGCUGCCUGCUGGUUGGAAUCAUACGCUGUGCCCAUCUGGCUGCCAUGGACUCCAACGGCUAUUCUGACCCCUUUGUCAAAAUCAUCUUGCAGCCAGAUAUGGGGAAAAAGUCAAAGUACAAGACUUCAGUGAAGAAAAAGACUCUCAACCCUGAGUUCAAUGAGGAGUUUUCAUAUGAAGUCACCCUGGACCAGCUGGCAAAGAAAACCCUUGAGAUCUCUGUGUGGGACUACGACUUGGGAAUGAGUAACGACUUCAUAGGUGGAGUUGAGCUGGGCAUCAAUGCAAGCGGACAGAGACUCAGACACUGGUUCGACUGUCUCAAAAACAAAGGGAAGAAAGUCGAGUACUGGCAUACGCUUACACAGCAAGGAGCCCCGAGCAGCGACAAACCGGACUAGAUUACACACACAAUGACAUUCAUGCAUACACACAAACACACACACACACACACACACACACACACACAUACACACACACUUCGUCUCACUGAAAGAUGGCUGGUAACAGCGACCAAGUGAAGCAGUAAUAAGAGAAAAAGGAGAAAAAAUGCAAUAAUAAUAAUAAUGUUGAAAAUGAAAUCCGUCAUAUAAUGCCAAUAAUUACAGCACCAAGUAUUAGUAUAUGAUAUUCAUACUAAUAUUAGUGAUGGUAACAAGGUGUAAUCUGAAUACAUUUUUUUUAAAGGUGAACCAAAUUGUGACUAUGUCCUCAUUAAAGUGUUGACGUAACAAAACAAUACUCAGAAAAUUGUGCUUUAGACCUUACUGUAUUGUGGAAGUCGCUCAUAUUUUGUCAUUCAAAUUUACACCUAAUGAGAUUUGAGAGUAAUGUACUCAAAAUUCAUUCAGUGAAAGGGGCCACCAGUACGCGCACCCUUGUGACUCAUAAUGUGGUAUAUGGUUACUGGGGCGGGGAUGUUAUAAAAGGUUGAUUCUG